AUGGACUGCAGCACUUUGAAGGAGAUCCAAAAAGAUACACGGUUUUUGAGAACCAGGUUUAAAAUACUUGCGGGCAAAAUGCGGUCUGGACGUGCAUUCAGCGCUGUCAGACAGCAGAGGGCACUGCUGGAACAAACAACGCAGUGCACAGUGGGGAACGUGGGGUUUUUGUCACUGGAGCGGUUGAGUGUCACAAAGAAACCAUUCUUUGUGCAUCCUACGGUGAAGCUCAGGCAGCCCUCUCAGCCACACCUUUGGUGGGAAGUUGCUGCUGGGCAAGGACUCUCCUGUUUCUGUCACCUCGUCAGUGCCAGCCCCAGGAGUCAGCGAGUCCUUGACCAGCAGCGAGUGUCAGCAGUCCUGAUCCUGUGCGACCCUACUACUGACAGCGGAAUGGCCACGCUCUUCACCUGGGAGCCUGCAGCAGUUGUUGGAAGUCAUUGGUGCUACCAGUCACAGAAGUGUGAAGACCCACACUGUGCAGAUCCUCGAGAAUGGUAUCUAACAGACGCCAACUGCAAAGGAAGCAAACAGUCACCUAUUGAUAUUGACACCAAAAAUGUCAUUUAUGACAAGAGCCUUAAGCCCUUCAGUUUUGAAGGAUAUAAUGUGAAAGAGUCUUCAAAAUGGACGAUGGAAAAUAACGGACAUACAGUUAAAGUAAAAUUAAGCACAUCUCCUAGAAUUCGAGACGGGGGCUUGGCAAGAAAAUACAAGGCAGUAGAAUUUCAUUUCCACUGGGGAGCACAAGGUGUGCAGGAAUACCUUCCUGGGUCAGAGCACAGCAUAGAUGGAGAGAAACAAGCCAUGGAGCUUCAUAUUGUCCACAUCAGAGAAGAUGCUUCAGAUAUAACAGAAGCAAAGAAAAGUGUCGAUGGCGUGGCUGUGUUAGCAUUCUUUGUAAAGAUUGAUGAAGAAAAUAAAAACUAUGCAACUUUAAUAAAUGGACUGGAGAGUAUUAAAUACAAAGGGAUAACAACAGAAGUGGAGCCUUUGCCACUGAGCUCUCUUCUCCCACCUGAGAAAGAUCUCAAGAGGUACUAUCGGUAUCAGGGCUCCCUCACCACUCCCGACUGCCAUGAGGGUGUCAUCUGGACAGUAUUCGAGAAGCCAAUUGAACUCAGUAUUUCUCAGAUUUCUCAAUUUUCAACAGUCCACUUUGGUGAGAAGAACUCAACGCACAUGACGGAAAAUUUCCGGCCUGUUCAGCACCUGAACGAACGAAAAGUGUACUGGUCCAGUGCCAGCACCCUCCUGCCUCCUGCGAAGGUUUUGAUGUCGGUGCUGAUGCUCACGUACAUCCUGAGUUCUCUUUCCCAAUGA